AUGGAACUCUCCGCCGGCAUCAGUUUAGUUAUGUUAUGGUCCUUUUACAUGCAACUUUUUCUGUUCACAUCAGCCUUCUCCAAAAUUGGAGGCAACAACACCGAUAGGCUCUCCCUGCUUGAGUUCAAGGCUAAUGUGAUCGAUCCUCUUGGAGUUCUGAAUUCUUGGAAUGAAUCUCUCCAUUUCUGUGAGUGGCAGGGCGUUACUUGUGGUCGUCGACACCAGAGGGUCACUAAGUUGGAACUCAGUUCGAGUAAUCUUGGGGGCUAUCUAUCUCCUCAUAUUGGAAAUUUGAGCUUUAUGAGAGGAUUAGAGCUUCAAAACAAUAGCUUCAGCAAGGAAAUCCCAGAAGAAAUUGGCCAUUUGUUUCGGCUUCAAUGGUUAUUCCUCUAUAACAACUCCUUCAGUGGCAAGAUUCCACUCAACAUUACAGUGGUGAAAUUCCUAAAAGGCAUUGGUUCACUAUACAAUCUUAGGACACUAUCUCUAGAAGCGAACAACUUACAUGGUGAAAUACCAACCUUCAUUGCUAAUGUCUCUAACUCACUUGAGGAUUUCUUAGUUAGACUGAAUAAUUUCCAUGGAAACAUUCCAAACAUCCUUGGUCAGAUGAAAAGACUGGACAUACUUGAAGGAAAUAUUCCUCAAAACUUGUUUCAUCCAAACCUUGAAGUGUUCUUCAUCCAUUUUAACAAAUUUGGCGGACAAGUUCCUCUUAUCUCUAAUGCAACAAAACUUAUUAACUUCGAGAUCGGAAAUAAUCACUUUACUGGAAAAGUUCCCGACUUUCCAAGUCUUCCCCAUUUGAGGAGUAUAGGACUUAAUCGUAAUAAUCUCGGACAUCAGAAGAAUGGUGACUUGAAUUUUAUGUCUUCUGUGGUCAACUGCACGAACUUGGAACUUUUCGGAAUUGAAGACAACAAUUUUGGUGGAACGUUACCAGAAUGUAUGUGCAACUUCUCAACAAAGCUUUCGUACGUGACGAUGGGAAGGAACCAGAUUAAGGGAAGGAUUCCAACUAGGAUUGAGAAUCUUGUCAACUUACAGCUAUUGGGCAUAGAGACUAAUCAAUUGGUUGGUCCUAUACCUGGAUCGAUAGGUAAACUUCAAAAAUUGUUUGGCCUUAAUUUUCAUAAUAAUAAGCUCUCAGGUGCCAUCCCAUCUUCGUUGGGAAAUUUAACGUCAUUAGGUGAGUUAAUUCUCAAGUCCAACAACUUACAGGGAAGAAUACCAUCCAGUCUUGGAAAAUGCAAGUAUUUGGUGGCCUUGACUCUUUCUCAGAACAAUCUUACUGGUCCUAUUCCAAAAGAAGUGAUUUCUUUGUCAUCCCUUUCUCGAUUUCUUGAUUUAUCUCGGAACUAUUUUACUGGUUCUAUCCCUAAUGAAGUGGGAAAAUUGUCAAAUCUCGGCUAUUUGGAUAUUUCAGAGAAUAGGUUGUCUGGAAAGAUUCCAAACACUCUUGGUAGCUGUGAAAGCAUGGAGUACUUGAAUUUACAGGGGAACUUAUUGCAAGAGAACAUUCCUCAGUCCUUUUAUUUCUUGAAAGGGAUUCAAGAAAUUGACCUUUCUCGCAACAAUUUGUCCGGUGAAAUUCCAAAGUAUCUGGAGGGAGAGGUACCUACCCAAGGAGUUUUCACAAACACAAGUGCCUUUUCUGCCGUGGGAAAUACGAGGCUUUGUGGAGGUAGACCACAACUAAAUCUACCGAAAUGCCCCUCAAGUUUGAAUAAGAAGGCCAAAUUAUCUACUAAGCAUAAGUUGAUUGUCUCAGUUGUAUGUGGACUUGUUGCAAUAAUUCUUUUAGCUCUGUUUUCCGUGCUUCUAUCUCGGGCAAGGAAAAGAAACGCGAAAUCAACUUUGGGAUCACCAUUUGGGAUUUCUUUCUUGGAAGUGUCAUAUGGAGAUCUUCUCAAAGCAACUGAUGGCUUUUCUUCAGCAAAUUUGAUUGGCGCCGGAAGUUUUGGGUCUGUUUAUAAGGGAAUCCUAAAUCAAGAGAAAACAUUAGAUGUGGCUGUGAAAGUACUAAACCUUCAAACCUCAAGGGCGUUGAAAAGUUUCAUCGCAGAAUGCAAAGUCCUGAAGAACAUUAAGCAUCGAAAUCUCCUCAAACUUCUCACAGCAUGUUCAAGUAUUGAUUUCCAAGGGAACGAUUUCAAAGCUCUGGUGUAUGAGUUUAUGGUCAAUGCGAGUCUAGACGAGUGGUUGCAUCCUCGUCAAGGAUUGAAUUCGGAAGAAGAGCGGCAUUUGAAUCUUAUCCAACGAAUAAACAUUGCUAUUGAUGUGGCGAAUGCUCUGGAUUACCUACACCGUCAUUGUCAUGAGCCAAUAGUUCACUCCGACUUAAAGCCAAGUAACAUUCUCUUGGAUGGUGACAUGACUGCCCGUGUUGGAGAUUUCGGAUUGGCAAGGUUCCUCAUGGAUCCGUCUCAUUUAUUUUCUUCACAUCAAAGCAGCUCCAUUGGAAUAAGAGGCUCCAUCGGCUAUAUUGCCCCAGAAUAUGUAAUGGGCGGUGAGAUAUCAAGAGACGGCGACGUCUAUAGCUAUGGGAUUCUUUUGUUGGAGAUGUUCACAGGAAAGCGACCAACAGAUGAAAUGUUCAAAGAUGAUUUCAAUCUCCAUAACUUUGUCAAAAUGUCAUUGCCAGAAAAACUUGCUCAUGUAGUGGACUCGUCUCUCCUGAUCGGAACCGAUCAAGUGGAAGAAGGAGCAGCAACGACAAGCGAUGUUGGUGACCGUGAGAUUGAUCAUAUUGAAGAAAUCAGCAUCAACAAUUUCCAGAAUGUUCCAAAUUGUCGUCUGAUCUUGAACACGAAUCUUGGGAAAUGCUUGCAUUCGGUCCUCAAGAUUGGAAUUUCCUGCUCAAAAUUGACCUCAACAGAAAGGAUGAAUAUGGGAGAUGUGGUCAAGGAGCUACUACAUGUCAAAACUGCUUAUAUGGCUGCUCAGACUGAGAACCGUGGUGAUCAGUAG